GACAGCUGUCAGUCACCCUGUGAACAGAUUCAGUUUUAGAAGACAGGAGGAGGAUUUUUCUUUUCUUUUCAUUUAUCGGAACGUAGUUUUGGACCUCCUCGGCCCGGAUUGGACCGCUCGGUUCCGACAGACAAACCAUGGCUCCGAAGAAACCCGUGAAAGGACCCAAAGCUAAAGAAGGCACCAAGGUCCAAUCAGCCAGUAAAAAUGGGAAGAAGACUGACUCCGGGUCCAGCAGCAGCAGUUUCUUCACCUGGUUCAUUGUGCUGGCCCUGCUGGGGGUCUGGACUUCUGUAGCCAUGGUCUACUUUGACUUGGUGGACUAUCAGGGAGUUCUUGAUAAGGCUAAAGGCAUACAGAUUAACCUGUCUGAGACCUUGCAAGGGAAACUGGUGGCGUACGAUACAGACGGCGAUGGUGAUUUUGAUGUGGAAGACGCUAAAGUGCUGCUAGGACUGAAAGAGAAGGCUGUGGUCGUCACUGAACGGAGCCAAGAGGCUGCUGCUCCUGUGGCUGCUGCUCCUGUGGCUGCUGUGGAACCAGAACCAACACCAGCAGAUAUCAUCGAGCCUGAUCCUGUGCCUGUGGAACAUGUGAUGGACACUGCAGCGCCGCCAGAACCAGAACCAGAGCCUGAACCAGAAC